AGAUAGUGGCAGCUUCUGUGGGAGGGGCAGUUGAAGGGGCUGAAAACGCCCAAGUGCAUAGCUCGGCACAAACUACUGCUAUUGUACACCCGGCAUCAACUAACGCUACUCCUCCCCAGGCUCCUCCUCCUACUUCGGCUCCAGCAUCAGCCCCUGUGAAUGCUUCAGCCCCGAUGCCCCAGACCAAGGCUAUCACUGCCAACCCCCUCUCUACUAGCAUUGACAAACUAUUUGGAGAUAUUAGUGGAGAGAUCGAUGGUGAAGUGAGUGGGCCUCCCCCUGUGCCCUAG